AUGAUAUUCAAACCAGAGAGUGGUUUAAGAUGUUAUUCGACGAAAAAAACGAUCGGAUUUGUAGGAAUUGGAAAUAUGGGUCGUCCCAUGUCUCUCAACCUUUUAAAAAAUGAAUAUCCGGUGGUUGUGUACGAUGUACUGGAAGAAGUCAUGGAACAAAGUAAACAUGAUGGAGCCAAAACAGCAUCGAGUCCAGCAGAUUUAGCUAGCAAAGUAGAUGUAGUUUUAACAAUGCUCCCAACUAAUCAACAUGUUUUGGACUGUUAUCAGGGUCCGAAUGGAGUUUUCGAGGGAGCAAAGAAAGACACGAUAUUGAUUGAUAGUUCCACAGUUGAUCCUAGUGUCUCGGUAACAAUAAAUAAAGGAGCUACUGAAAGAAGAACUUCAUUUGUUGAUGCUCCUGUGUCUGGAGGUGUCAUUGGCGCAAAAGAUGGUACUCUGACUUUUAUGGUCGGAGGAGAAGAAAGCGUUUACCGAAUUGUAAAACCAAUACUUGAGUGUAUGGGUAGCAAUAUAGUGUACUGUGGAAAAGCUGGAAGUGGUCAAGCCGCCAAGAUUUGUAAUAAUAUGUUAUUGGGAAUCACAAUGUUAGGAGUUUCUGAAGCUUUAAAUCUAGGAAACAGUCUUGGUUUAGAUCCAAAGCUAUUAACUAGUAUUAUAAAUACGAGUACAGGUCGAUGCUGGUCUUCUGAAAAAUACAAUCCUGUCCCGGAUAUAUUGCCAAAUGUGCCAAGUUCAAAAGAUUAUGAGGGUGGGUUCAUGAGUAAACUUAUGUGCAAAGAUUUAGGCCUUGCUCAGGACAUUGCAACUCGUUUAAAAGUUUCUAUUCCUCUCGGGUCUACGACACAUCAAUUUUAUAGACUCGUUAAUACAAUGGGAGAUGGUGAUAAAGACUUUUCAUACGUCUACCAAUAUUUGAAAGGGAAAAUUUAG